AUGAAUAAAUUUUAUAUUCAAAUUGUUUUUUUUCUUUUAAUCAUCCCCCUAUAUGUGAAUAAUAAAACCCUUGCAACUGAGCUUGUUCCAAAAAAAGAUAAAAAACACAAAUCAAAAAAAAUUUAUUCUACCUAUGAUAAUACACAAUUAAUAUAUGAAAGAAACAAGCACCUAUUAUAUACCGAUACCAAAGAAACUAUAAAUGCGUGCAGAUUUAUGAAUGACGCUUUAAAACAAUUAGAAUAUCAUGCUACAAGUAAAGAAGGUUAUAAAUUAUAUGGUACCAAUUCUAUUUACUAUAUGUAUUCUUAUAAAAAAAAACAUCGAGGCAAUACACGUGUUGAUAAAAUUAAAUAUAUAAUUAAAAAUCCGAAUAAGUAUACUGGAUUAAUAAACAAGUUUUGGGAUCCCGAUAGUAGCAAUUUUUUUUAUUUAGGCUCGACUAAAAGAAAAAUUGUCCGUGUAUACGGUCCAAAUUUAGUAAUGAUACAGCACCGUUGCAAAGUAUGGCCGUGGUCUCGUCAGAAAUAUUUUUAUGCUUUAGCUGCAAAAUUUAAAAUAUCAGAAAACAAAACUAUAAUUGUCAUGGCUUCAGGAAAUAUAAAUGAUCACAACCGUAAAAAUAAAAAACAUUUUGAAAACACAAUAGUAGAAAGUGCAAAUUUAUUCCAAGCUGAAGUUGAUUCUGAAGAUGAUAUUAGAAGUGGAAAAUUAAAAAAAAUGUUUGUUCACUUAAAUGGAUACAUUGUUGGUGAACAUGGUUCCAUUUAA